UUCCCUCUCUCUCUCCGAUUUUACCGAGUCAUGAAUCCAACGGCUAAUCACGACCCGUUUUCUUUGAUAGUAUCUCCACUCCACCCUACCUUCAUCAUUUUUUUUUAUUGGUCGACAACCAGUUCAGAAGAGUCAAGGCUUGCGUUUUUGUCAAUGGCGUUGGGGAGGAAAUGGCUGUGGAGCUGAUGCUGGGAUAUGGGGGCAAUAGUGCUCUGGCAGGGAAGAUUGAAGAGGACGCUCUUGCCGUGAAGGAAUUCAGAGCGUUGAGAAGCUUAAUGAGAUUGAUGUCUCAAGAACAAUAAUACCAGGAGGCCGUGGCUGAUUCUGCCACGAACAAAAGCUUCUACGGAGGUCGGUGCUGUUGCGGAUGUGGCUGUCGACAAGUUCGAUCAAGAAGGUAAUCUCUUGGCUGAUCGAUUCUCAAGUUUACUAAAAACCAAAAAGAUUAAAUAAACUGGUCUCAGGGCAUUGUUGUCAAACCAUGUCGUUUCACAACACCAUUGUUGCUGUUAGUCUAAAACUAUGUCGUUUUUAGACUAACAGCAUCGAAGCCGGAUCUUUAGGGUUUUAGCUCGUAUUCUUCUCUGACCAAACGGCAAACCCACUCACACGAUGAGAUCUUCACUCACUUCUUCUCCGAUCCCUCCAUGUCUUCUCCGCUCUUUCUUAAACCCUAAAUCUCUCUGCUCACAACCACAAUUUCCCAACGAACCGUCCAUCCCAGAACCUCCAUUUUCCGAGAAUCCGAAUCCAAACACCAAUUGUCACGAGAAAAUCACUUCAGAAUCCAACUUUCCGGCGAUACCCACUUCAGACCCUGAAUUUUCUGUCGCCCCAUUUUCCCCAGAACCCAAACGCGCCGACUUCACCGCACCAAUUUCACAAGACUCGGUUUUGACUCAAACCCAUGUGAUAAACACUCUUCUGAGCCACAAGAGCGAGCCAAGAUCGGCUUUGAAGUACUUCAACUGGGCCGAGGGAAAGCGAGGCUUUGUUAAAAGCGUGGAUGCCUUCUGUGUUUUGCUUCACAUUUUGGUGGGCAUUCCCCAGACUCAUAAACUUGCUCAAAAUUUGCUUAAUCAGUGCGUCUCGGGCGAUUCGGGUCCCGCGCCGCGUGUUUUUGUCGAUCACUUAGCAGAAUGCGCCAAAAGGUUUGGUUUUGUGUUAGAUUCGCAGGUUUUUAAUUAUUUGUUGAACAGUUAUGUUAGAGCUAAUAGAAUUGAAGAUGCUGUACUUUGUUGUAAUAGAAUGAUAGAGAGUGAUAUAAGUCCUUGGGUACCAUAUAUGAAUAUUCUUUUGUCAGCAUUGGUUAGGAGAAACAUGUUUGGUGAAGUGCGAGAUUUGCAUGGUAAGAUGGUAUUGAAAGGAAUUAGUGGCGAUUGCUAUACGGUGCAUGUGAUGAUGAGUGCAUUUUUGAAGGAAGGGAAGGCUGAGGAGGCGGAGGAAUACUUCAGAAAGGCGAAAGAUAGAGGGGUUGAACUUGAUGCAGCGGCAUAUAGUAUUGUUAUUCAGGCUGUUUGUAAGAAACCCAAUUCGAGUUUGGCUUCCGGGUUGUUGAAGGAGAUGAGAGAAAUGGGAUCAGUUCCUUCAGAGGGUACUUAUGCUUGUGUUAUUGGGGCUUGUGUGAAGCAGGGGAAUAUGGUAGAGGCAUUGAGGCUUAAAGAUGAAAUGGUGAGUUGUGGGAAGCCAAUGAAUUUGGUCGUGGCAACGAGUUUGAUGAAGGGGUAUUGUGUGCAAGGUGAUCUGAAUAGUGCUUUGGAUUUGUUCAAUAAGAUUGGUGAGGAUGGGCUUUCACCAAACAAGGUUACAUACUCAGUCUUGAUUGAAUGGUGUUGUAAGAAUCGGAACAUGGAAAAGGCCUAUGAGCUUUACACCCAAAUGAAAGACAACGGUAUCCAGCCUAGUGUCUUUAACCUUAAUUCCUUGUUACGUGGAUUCUUGAAAUCUGGGAUGCUGGAAAAUGCGUCCAAGUUGUUUGAUGAGGCAGUUGAAUGCGGUAUUGCUAAUCUUUUCACAUAUAAUAACUUUUUGUCAUGGCUCUGUGAAGAAGGUAAGGUAAAUGAGGCUCAAAGUCUAUGGGUAAAGAUGAUUAGUAAGGGUGUGGUACCUACUGUAGUUUCAUACAACAACUUGAUACUUGGCCACUGCAGAGAAGGGAAUACGGAUGUUGCAAAUACAUUAUUUCUGGAGAUGGUAGAGAAUGGCUUAAAGCCUAAUGUGAUCACGUAUUCAAUUUUGAUGGAUGGGUAUUUCAAAAAAGGUGACGCUGAGCGUGCCUUAGAUUUGUUUAACCAAAUGUUGGAUGUAAAUAUUGUUCCCACAGACUUCACAUUUAACACUAUUAUCAAUGGCUUUUGCAAAGUUGGCCGCACAACUGAGGCAAGGGAUAAGUUGAAGAGCUUUGUUGAGAAGGGUUUUAUUCCCAUCUGUUUAACUUACAACAGCAUUAUAGAUGGAUAUGUCAAGGAGGGUGCCAUAAAUCCUGCACUGGCUGUUUAUAGAGAGAUGUGUGAAAGUGGAAUUUCCCCCAAUGUUGUAACUUACACCAGUUUGAUUAAUGGGUUUUGCAAAAGCAAUAAUAUUGGUCUUGCUCUGAAAAUGCGGAAUGAGAUGAUAAAUACGGGUCUUGAAUUGGAUGUUACGGCAUAUAGUGCUCUGAUUGAUGGAUUUUGCAAAAGGCGAGACAUGGAAAGUGCACGUGAACUGUUUGCUGAACUCCUUGAAGUUGGUUUGUCUCCAAAUACAGUUGUGUACAAUAGCAUGAUUAGCGGAUUCAGGAAUCUAAAUAACAUGGAAGCAGCCCUUGACUUGCACAAGAAAAUGAUAAAUGAUGGGAUUCCUUGUGAUUUGCAAACUUACACUACAUUGAUAGAUGGAUUGUUAAAAGAGGGUAAAUUACUCUUUGCAUCAGAUCUUUACUCAGAGAUGCUUUCCAAGGGUGUUGUGCCUGACAUCAUCACAUAUACUGUUCUGAUAAAUGGCCUUUGUAACAAAGGACAGCUAGAAAAUGCACGCAAGAUUUUGGAAGAGAUGGAUAAGAAUAGCAUGACUCCUAGUGUUCUUAUUUAUAAUACUUUGAUUGCUGGACACUUUAAGGAGGGGAAUCUGCAAGAAGCGUUUAGACUACAUGAUGAGAUGCUUCACAGAGGUCUUGUACCUGAUGAAGCUACUUAUGAUAUUCUUGUAAAUGGGAAGGCCAAGGGAGUAAAUACUCUUGCUGGAGCCUUGCAAGUGUAAAUAACUGGGACGGUUAUUGUUUCAAGUUGCUUUCAAGCUUUUGCUUGGUCCUUCAAAGGAGAAAUAUAUCAUGACCUGCAAUUUUGUUAUAUCCUUCACCAUCAAGCUGGGAAGGUAAGGUCCACGUUGGCGUCACAUGACUGUUUUUAAUUCAGUACUCUGAUGACUUUGUGGAUGUUUAUAAGGUAUGCAUUUUCUUCUUUCGUUGACUAGGCCUAGGAUCAUCAUCACUCUCUGGCUUACUAGAACAUAAAGCAAAAGUACCAAGUUAAAACCAUUUCUUGAUCUUCAAUUGCAGUGCACUCUUUAAAGCACAUUAAAAGUGUAAAAAGCGUGUGUUUUUUUGUAGAUAUACCAGAUGCAGAAAAGCACCUUAUUUAUUUA